UCUGGCAGCCUUCCAACUUUUUGGCGCAUAAUCUCGGCGUCUUCAUCCUGGUUUUUGCGCAUUUUGGCAAUCAUUUCUUAUUCAGAAUCAUGUCCAAGAAGUUGAACACAAGUGUGGGCGGAACGCCUACGAAUACGUUGUUUAAUUAUUUCGCCAAAUCGCCAGCUGUCGACAAGAAGAAACUGACACCUAGCGUGAAAACAGAAUCAGACACCACAGAAAAGGAGAAUCUCAACAACCAGCAGCCAAAGGAAUCCCAAACGAAGGAUUCCAAACCAUCGGCCAAGAGAAAGCUGCCCAUUUCCGGCGGCUCAGACGAUGAAAAGACCAAUGGCCAGCGCAAGCGGAAGCGCAUCGUUCAGCCUGAAACCGACAGCGAACCGGAAAUGGAGGAGACCAAGUCGGAGGACGACUUCUCCGAUUGCGCGUCGGAAUACGAACCAGAUGCCAAUGAAGGCAGCGACGAUAGCGCCAGCAGCGGCGAGGAAGAGGUAGAGCCCAGCGAGAAUGACAUGUCCGUGGAUAGCGUGGAUAGUCCUACGCCCAAGAAAUCCCGCAAAAAGUCCAAGAUCCUCAACAACAACAACAAUGAACCCUCGAGCAAGAAGGUCAAGUUAGAGUCAUCUACUCAGCUGGCUGAGGGUUCAACUUUCCAGGAGAAAUUAAAGAAUCUGCAGAGCAAUGCCAAGAAGGACGCAUCUUAUGAUGAUAUAGUGACCACAACCUCCACUCUGGAUGAGCCUGUGGUGUGGCCACACCAGAAACUGGAGUUCCUGCAGCCGGACAAGAUCAAGGACAAUGCGGGUCGGCGGCCAGAUCACCCAGACUACGAUAAGAGCACCCUGCACGUACCGGAGAAAUUUCUUAAUGGCUUAUCUCCAGGAGUUCGCCAGUGGUGGGUCCUCAAAUCAAAAAGCUACGACUGCGUUUUGUUCUUCAAGGUGGGAAAGUUCUAUGAACUUUAUCACAUGGACGCGGAUGUGGGUGUCAAGGAGCUGGGCUUUACAUACAUGCGCGGUGAGUUUGCGCACUCGGGAUUCCCGGAGAUAUCCUUCGACAAAAUGUCCACUAUCCUCGUAGACAGGGGCUUUAAGGUGGCUCGCGUGGAGCAAACAGAAACCCCAGACAUGAUGACCGAACGUUGCAAGCAGAUCAAGGCUUCCAAGUUUGAUAAAGUGGUGGCCCGAGAGAUCUGCCAGAUCACCAAUCGUGGCACCCAGGUCUUUGGCUCACAGUGCAAGAUCGGACCCAAUCAUCAGCCCAACUAUAUGUUGGCCUUGGUCGAGCAGGACGAGGGCACUUGGAGUCGGUUUGGCGUGUGUUUCAUCGACACGUCCAUUGGCGAUUUCCAUUUGGGCGAGUUUGAGGACGACAAGAACUGCUCCCGACUGCUCACCCUGCUUUCACAUCAUAUGCCCGUGCUGCUCAUAAACGAGAAAUCCGCUUUAAGCCAGCGUUCCCAGCAAAUUGUACGCACUGUACUGGGGGGAAUCCUUAAGGAGCAGACGCCCAGUAAUGGGUCGCAAGCUUGCAACGCAGAAAAGACCCUGAAACUGUUGGCGGAACGCUACUAUGCAGGAAACGGUUCCGAUGACAACUGGCCAUUGGUUCUGCGAACCAUGCAAUCCGAUUCGGAUCAUUUGGGACUUACACCCAACGAUAACUACAAGCUGGCCUUAAAAGCCCUUGGCCAAUGCAUCUUCUUCAUCCACAAAUGCAAGUUGGAGCCCAAGGUGCUGCCCAUGGCACGUUACCAACUUUAUGUGCCACCCGAUCAACUAGCAGAUGCCAAACCGGCUGCAGCGUCCACAUUGAGACGUUCCCACAUGGUGUUGGAUGCCACUACCUUGUCGAAUCUGAGAAUUAUUGGCGAGGAUCACACUUUGCUCUCCUCAUUGGACCACUGCUGCACCAAGUUUGGAAAGCGACUACUCCACCACUGGCUAUGUGCUCCGAGCUGCGAUGUGGUCGUCAUCAAGGAGCGGCAAGAAGCCAUUGGUGAACUGAUUCGGAUGCCCAGCGAACUGCAGGAAAUGCGUGCUUUACUCGGACCCAUGCCUGAUUUUGAGCGAAAUCUAGCGCAGAUUCACCUGUUUGGCAACAAGCAAAUUAAGCUGAUGGAUCAUCCCGACUCCCGGGCCAUUCUUUUCGAGGAGAAGAUAUACAACAAGCAGAAACUACUGGGCUUCAUGGCCGUUCUUAAGGGAUUUAAUGCUCUAACCAAACUUCCUACGAUGUUCCAUCAGUGUGAAACAGCUUUGCUUAAAAGGAUUACCCAGCUGCCAGAAUCUGGAGGAUCAUUUCCUGAUCUUACCAAGGAGCUGAAAUACUUUGAGACUGCUUUUGAUCAUGACGCAGCGGCCAAAACGGGAGUUAUUGCUCCUCAAGCAGGAAUGGAUGCUGAGUACGAUUCGGCGAUGGAUUCUAUAAACGAGAUCGAGGAACGCCUAAAGACCUAUCUUGUGGAGCAGGAGCGACACUUUGGCUGUCGAAUUACCUAUUUUGGAAGCGACAAGAAACGUUAUCAGUUGGAUGUCCCUGAAAGCCACGCCGUCAAGGCCAAUAAGUCCUAUUCGUUGGAGGGACAGACCAAGGGCAAGAAACCCUCACGUCGCUACACCACCGCGGAAACUCGAGCUCUGCUUAAGGAUAUGCAGCAGGCAGAAGACACAAGGAAUAUGGUUCUUAAGGACUUGGCGCGCCGCCUCUUCGAGAAGUUCUCCAAUCAUUAUGAGCAGUGGAAGCAGUGCAUCGACUGUGUGGCCAACCUGGAUGUCCUUGGCUCCCUGGCGGAGUAUGCAGGUCAACAGAUGGUCAUCUGUGUGCCAGAGCUGGUCUCUGGAGUGGAGCAGCCGUUCAUACAGCUGGAGGAGGGCUACCAUCCCUGUGUCAACGCAUCCACCUACAUUCCUAAUGGCUUGGAAUUGGGUACAAACUCGGAGGCACCGCUAUCCCUGCUUACAGGUCCAAAUAUGGGCGGCAAGAGCACCCUCAUGAGGGAACUAGGACUGCUUGUGAUCAUGGCGCAAAUUGGUGCCCACAUUCCCGCUGCAAGCUGCCGCCUUUCAUUGGUUGACAGAAUUUUCACGCGUCUAGGUGCCCAAGAUGAUAUUCUUGCCGGGCACAGUACCUUCCUCGUGGAGCUAAACGAAACCUCCCUUAUUCUCAAGCACGCCACAUGCCAUUCGCUUGUGUUGCUUGACGAAUUGGGCAGGGGAACCGCCACCUAUGAUGGCACAGCCAUUGCGGCCUCUGUGGUCAACUUCCUGGCGAAUCUCAAGUGUCGCACUUUGUUCUCUACGCACUACCACAAUCUGAUUGACUUCUUCCAUAACGACAAGAGGAUAACCCUGGGCCACAUGGCGUGCAUGGUGGAGAAUGAGGACAACGCGGAUCCAACCCAAGAAACAGUUACGUUCCUAUACAAGUACACAGCAGGGGCUUGUCCGAAAUCUUAUGGUUUCAAUGCUGCCAAGCUAGCUGGAAUGCCCCAAGGAAUUAUCAAGCGGGCCUACGAGCUUUCCAAGAAAGUCGAAGCCAUUGCUCUGCAGCGCAAAAUUACAGCAAAGAUUGUAGCUGCAACCGCAGGAAAAGAAGAUUCCAAGAAGGAGAAAUUAGAUGCUCUAAAGGAUUUACUAAAGCAGCUAAAAAUGUGCCAUGUUUAAAGUUCUGGAUUCUAUAUUUGAGGCUAUCAUAUAUUUAUGGAGACAUGCUAACAAUUUCGGAUAUGUGUAGUUGUAAUUCGUUAUAGGGCAGCUCUGCUGUUCCUUGCAGUAUACGUUGUUUUCUAAGCAUUUUUCAGUAUUUCAAUAUGUAUAAUUUUUUUUAAACCAUCUAUCUUAAGUUCUCUGAAUUAUUACAUGUGUCAGGCCCAAUAAAUCUACACCAAGUGAAAACA